GAGAGCGUCCGCCUGCCCAGCCGAAGGGAGCCGGGGAGGCGGGCGCUGGGCUGCAGCGCGUCGGCGGGGGCCCGGAGCGCGGAGAAGCGAGCAGGGCCCGCCGGUCCUCUUCCAUGAGGCCUGAGUGAGGUGCGGCGGUGACAGGGCGGCCCGCGGCGCCUCCUGCGCGUCCUGUUCGGAGCGGCGGCGGCCCCCGUGGGAGAGCAGGAGCAUGUCGGACAGUUUCGAUCGGGCUCCAGGUGCUGGUCGGGAGCGGAGCCGGGGCCUGGGCCGCGGAGGGGGCGGGCCUGAGGGCGGCGGGUUCCCGAACGGAGCGGGGCCUGCGGAGCGGUCGCGGCAUCAGCCGCCGCCGCAGCCCAAAGCCCCGGGCUUCCUGCAGCCGCCGCCGCUGCGCCAACCCAGGACCGCCCCGCCGCCAGGGGCCCAGAGCGAGGCCCCCGCCGGCUCCGCGCGGCCUCCCCGGCCUGGGGCGCUCCCAGAACAAACGAGGCCCCAGAGAGCUCCACCUAGUUCACAGGAUAAAAUCCCACAGCAGAACUCGGAGUCAGCCAUGGCUAAGCCCCAGGUGGUUGUGGCUCCUGUGCUAAUGUCUAAGCUGUCUGCGAACGCCCCCGAAUUUUACCCGUCAGGUUAUUCUAAUUAUACAGAAUCCUAUGAGGAUGGUUGUGAGGAUUAUCCCACUCUAUCAGAAUAUGUUCAGGAUUUUCUGAAUCAUCUUACAGAGCAGCCUGGCAGUUUUGAAACAGAAAUUGAACAGUUUGCAGAAACCCUGAAUGGAUGGGUCACAACAGAUGAUGCUUUACAAGAACUUGUGGAACUCAUCUACCAGCAGGCCACGUCUAUCCCAAAUUUCUCUUACAUGGGAGCUCGCCUGUGUAAUUACCUGUCCCAUCAUCUGACAAUUAGCCCACAGAGUGGCAACUUCCGCCAAUUGCUACUUCAAAGAUGCCGGACGGAGUAUGAAGUUAAAGACCAAGCUGCAAAGGGAGAUGAAGUGACUCGAAAACGAUUUCACGCAUUUGUUCUGUUUCUGGGAGAACUAUAUCUUAACCUGGAGAUCAAAGGAACAAAUGGGCAGGUUACAAGAGCAGAUAUUCUUCAGGUUGGUCUCCGGGAACUCCUGAAUGCUCUGUUUGCUAAUCCUAUGGAUGACAACUUAAUUUGUGCAGUAAAAUUGUUAAAGUUGACAGGAUCAGUUUUAGAAGAUACUUGGAAGGAAAAGGGGAAAACUGAUAUGGAAGAAAUAAUUCAGAGAAUUGAAAAUGUUGUCCUGGAUGCAAACUGCAGCAGAGAUGUAAAACAGAUGCUCUUGAAGCUUGUAGAACUUCGAUCAAGUAACUGGGGCAGGGUCCAUGCAACUUCAACAUACAGAGAAGCUACCCCUGAAAAUGACCCUAACUACUUCAUGAAUGAACCAACAUUUUAUACAUCUGAUGGUGUUCCCUUCACUGCUGCUGACCCAGAUUACCAAGAGAAGUAUCAGGAGUUACUUGAAAGAGAGGACUUUUUUCCAGAUUAUGAAGAAAAUGGAACAGAUUUAUCAGGGGCUGGUGACCCAUACUUGGAUGAUAUUGAUGAUGAGAUGGACCCAGAGAUUGAAGAAGCUUAUGAAAAGUUUUGUUUAGAAUCAGAGCGUAAGCGAAAACAGUAAAGUUAAAUCUGAGGCUAUCAGGAUUUUUGUUUUGUUUUGGGUUUUUUUUUUUUUUGUUUUUUU